CAUUUAGUAAACUUACACGCUGCAUAUCACUGCACUGAGGAUGCCACCUCGCAUGGUGGUGAAACGUUUGCGAGAAAACCGCCAAGCUCGGAGAACAAAUGAACAAUUGAUUCAUCAACCCGAGCUACCAGUAUUUCGAAACAUUUUAAACAACUACGGGCGUUCAGCGCUCCGAUGUGCUCGCCGUUGGGAGGACUUCGCUUGUAGACAAGCCUCUACAAGACAGCAGCUCUUCUUUCUUCAUGAAUGUCUGAGAAAAGACAUUCUUCCUCGCAGUAUCAGAUACAGACCGCCGAUUGAUCACCCUCAAGCGUGGACUGCUGCUCGACAAUUCGGGAGGCGUAUGAUACGCUUAAUGAUCACCGACGCUCACAAUCGUCUCAGAAAAUAUGACAGAAGUAUGAACGAACAUCGAUCUAGCUGCCUUCAAGUCGUUGGACAACAAUUAACAGAACAACUGGAAGCUGCAAUACAACGUCGGGUAGCAAACACCAGGACGAAAAAGCAUAAUGCGCUUCUCGAUAAGUUAUCAAAAUUGACGUCUCCUAAAGAUGAAAAUAUCAGUGACGGCUGGAUUAGAAAUCUUUCCAACCGACCAAUCAACGAUGCCGAAAAGCAAGUCCUCAUCAAGGGAUUAAACUACAACUACAGAGAUGCAACGGCUACCGACUUCUUAGCAGCCUUCGAAAGCGUCCUACAAUCCAAUGGAUUAGACGAAGAGACUCAGAAGCAAAUAAGACACACAAUUGUUCCUGCUAUAACGCACAACAAGCAAUACAACGCCUUAAGCAGACAAGAAAAAGAGGCAAUGAAUACCCUGAAGUCUGAUGAAACUAUCAUUAUCCUACCAGCUGACAAGGGACGAAUGAGUGUCAUAAUGAAUAGAGAGGAUUACAUUGAGAAGGCCACACGCCUCUUGAAUGACACAACAACCUACAGGUGCAUCGACACGGAUCCAACUUCGCAGCUGACAAACAAAGUAAACAAGACAUUGAAGCAACUUCAAGAAUUGAAGCAAAUCACGAAAGAAGAGCGCGAGAGGAUGAGAGCCCGCGACUCGAACAUCGCGCAAUUCUACGGACUCCCAAAGGUACACAAAGAUAAUGCACCGUUGCGGCCUAUCGUGUCUCUCCCUGGAACACCCACCUACAACCUGGCGAAAGAAAUGUGGAGACGCCUCAAACAUUUAACCUAUGGAUCGCAAUAUUCCAUAACCAAUGCCCAGCAGUUUCUGCAAAAGAUCAAAGACCUGCGAUUAGAUAAUGAUGAAACAAUGAUAUCAUUCGACGUGACUGCACUCUUCACGUCUGUCAACUUGCAGACAGCAAUAGCGGUCAUCACGGAACGGCUGGAGGUCGGUGAACAACAAAUCGGCAAAAUGACGACCGAAAAUGUAUGUAAACUACUCCACUUGUGUUUGUCGACCCAUUUCUCAUUCAAUGGAAAGAUUUAUGAGCAAUUGAAAGGCGCACCAAUGGGAUCACCUGUGUCAGGGCUCAUGGCAGAGAUGGUUAUGCAGAAAUUGGAGGAGGAGGUACUACCACUCGUCAACCCGAAACUGUGGGUUCGGUAUGUGGACGACACUUUUGUGAUAAUCAGACGCAACCAAAUAACAGUCGCACAACAGCUAUUGAAUAACGCCAUGGAAGGCAUCCGAUUUACAAUGGAACUGGAGAAAGAAAGACAGCUCCCUUUCUUGGAUGUAUUAGUAACAAGAACUAUGGAAGGCGAGCUGCAAACAUCGGUCUACAGAAAAGACACACACACAGACCAAAUUCUGAACUUUAACAGCAACCACCCGAAAUGCCACAAAGUAAGCUGUGUGCGGACACUGUUUCGCAGAGUGCAAACACACUGCAGUACAACAGAAGCAAAGCAAAAGGAAGAAAAACACCUACUUAAAUGUUUCCAACUCAACGGAUACCCACGAAGUUUCAUCCGAAGGUGUCUGAAUCACAACAACGUCAACAUACAGCCUACAACAACAACAACAACAGCGGCGACAACAAGCACAACAACAGCGGCAGCGGCAACAACAACGACAACGGAGAAACGGGUUGUUCUGCCUUAUAUGAAGAACAUAUCGGAAAUGGCAGCCAGACUAUUCAAACAGCAUCAUCUCAUCGUAGCACACAAACCAACUGCCACGUUGAGAAAAACCCUUUCAAAACCAAAAGAAAAACUGCAAGCACAUGAACAACGCAAUGUAGUAUACAAAAUACCUUGCCGAGAUUGCGAAAGGGAUUAUGUUGGCCAGACGGGAAGAAAAUUGGUAACAAGGAUACAAGAACACAAGAGAGCCUGUGUAAAGCAUUAUGCAUCGUCGCUAGUUUCAAUGCAUGUAGAUGAAGAAGGACAUAGCUUCGAUUGGAGCAAAGCAGAAGUCCUGGCACGAGGUGAAACAAGAAAAGAAAGAGAAUUCUUGGAAGCUUGGUUUUCAACGAAACAUUCAAUCAACAUGCACAUGGACAUCGAUUCAGUAUACGAGCCACUACGACAGAAAGACCUAAAGAACCUUUUGUCACGCGGUUUGAGACAGAACAACUCGGGCGCCGACUUUAGCCUUGGGGAAGUGGGUGGAGGUCACGGGACCUAAAUCGACACUGCCACGUUCAAAGUCACCUGCAGGUCGAUCAUGGCUGGAGGACUCAUUUAGUAAACUUACACGCUGCAUAUCACUGCACUGAGGAUGCCACCUCGCAUGGUGGUGAAACGUUUGCGAGAAAACCGCCAAGCUCGGAGAACAAAUGAACAAUUGAUUCAUCAACCCGAGCUACCAGUAUUUCGAAACAUUUUAAACAACUACGGGCGUUCAGCGCUCCGAUGUGCUCGCCGUUGGGAGGACUUCGCUUGUAGACAAGCCUCUACAAGACAGCAGCUCUUCUUUCUUCAUGAAUGUCUGAGAAAAGACAUUCUUCCUCGCAGUAUCAGAUACAGACCGCCGAUUGAUCACCCUCAAGCGUGGACUGCUGCUCGACAAUUCGGGAGGCGUAUGAUACGCUUAAUGAUCACGGACGCUCACAAUCGUCUCAGAAAAUAUGACAGAAGUAUGAACGAACAUCGAUCUAGCUGCCUUCAAGCCGUUGGACAACAAUUAACAGAACAACUGGAAGCUGCAAUACAACGUCGGGUAGCAAACACCAGGACAAAAAAGCAUAAUGCGCUUCUCGAUAAGUUAUCAAAAUUGACGUCUCCUAAAGAUGAAAAUAUCAGUGACGGCUGGAUUAGAAAUCUUUCCAACCGACCAAUCAACGAUGCCGAAAAGCAAGUACUCAUCAAGGGAUUAAACUACAACUACAGAGAUGCAACGGCUACCGACUUCUUAGCAGCCUUCGAAAGCGUCCUACAAUCCAAUGGAUUAGACCAAGAGACUCAGAAGCAAAUAAGACACACAAUUGUUCCUGCUAUAACGCACAACAAGCAAUACAACGCCUUAAGCAGACAAGAAAAAGAGGCAAUGAAUACCCUGAAGUCUGAUGAAACCAUCAUUAUCCUACCAGCUGACAAGGGACGAAUGAGUGUCAUAAUGAAUAGAGAGGAUUACAUUGAGAAGGCCACACGCCUCUUGAAUGACACAACAACCUACAGGUGCAUCGACACGGAUCCAACUUCGCAGCUGACAAACAAAGUAAACAAGACAUUGAAGCAACUUCAAGAAUUGAAGCAAAUCACGAAAGAAGAGCGCGAGAGGAUGAGAGCCCGCGACUCGAACAUCGCGCAAUUCUACGGACUCCCAAAGGUACACAAAGAUAAUGCACCGUUGCGGCCUAUCGUGUCUCUCCCUGGAACACCCACCUACAACCUGGCGAAAGAAAUGUGGAGACGCCUCAAACAUUUAACCUAUGGAUCGCAAUAUUCCAUAACCAAUGCCCAGCAGUUUCUGCAAAAGAUCAAAGACCUGCGAUUAGAUAAUGAUGAAACAAUGAUAUCAUUCGACGUGACUGCACUCUUCACGUCUGUCAACUUGCAGACAGCAAUAGCGGUCAUCACGGAACGGCUGGAGGUCGGUGAACAACAAAUCGGCAAAAUGACGACCGAAAAUGUAUGUAAACUACUCCACUUGUGUUUGUCGACCCAUUUCUCAUUCAAUGGAAAGAUUUAUGAGCAAUUGAAAGGCGCACCAAUGGGAUCACCUGUGUCAGGGCUCAUGGCAGAGAUGGUUAUGCAGAAAUUGGAGGAGGAGGUACUACCACUCGUCAACCCGAAACUGUGGGUUCGGUAUGUGGACGACACUUUUGUGAUAAUCAGACGCAACCAAAUAACAGUCGCACAACAGCUAUUGAAUAACGCCAUGGAAGGCAUCCGAUUUACAAUGGAACUGGAGAAGGAAAGGCAGCUCCCUUUCUUGGAUGUAUUAGUAACAAGAACUAUGGAAGGCGAGCUGCAAACAUCGGUCUACAGAAAAGGCACACACACAGACCAAAUUCUGAACUUUAACAGCAACCACCCGAAAUGCCACAAAGUAAGCUGUGUGCGGACACUGUUUCGCAGAGUGCAAACACACUGCAGUACCACAGAAGCAAAGCAAAAGGAAGAAAAACACCUACUUAAAUGUUUCCAACUCAACGGAUACCCACGAAGCUUCAUCCGAAGGUGUCUGAAUCACAACAACGUCAACAUACAGCCUACAACAACAACAACAGCGGCAACAACAAACACAACAACAGCAGCAGCGGCAACAACAAACACAACAACAACAACGACAACGGAGAAACGGGUUGUUCUGCCUUAUAUGAAGAACAUAUCGGAAAUGGCAGCCAGACUAUUCAAAC